AUGGCUCAUGUGUUAGCUAACUUAUGUCUUUACUCAAGAUGCUUUACUACCCACGUAAUUGAUAUUGAAAAAAAAGAAGAGGAUUCAUUAAUGAUCUUGGCAAUAGAUUAUACUUUAUAA